CCCUCAGUUUUCAAACAGAUUAUUGUAGACCACAACGAUAGCUUUGGACGUGUUUCCUCAAACCGUAUCGGAAGAGCUUGUUUGAUAUUUCUAAAUAUUUUUUUCUUUCAAAUUCAUCCAAGAAAGCAGCUUCAGUGCUAUGGCAAAGGGAGAGGGAGGUGAACAAUACUCCAACGCCAGUUUAUUGAAUAAACCUGUCAGCGCGGAUGGUAUCAAGCUCGCAAGGAAGCAUGAGCACGGGAACAGAUUGUCAGUCUGCAGCAAGAUCUGCUAUGCCAUUGGCGGAGCACCCUACCAGAUCACGGGGUGUGCCCUGGGAUUUUUUCUGCAGAUCUAUCUACUGGACGUAGCUCAGCUGGAUCCCUUCUAUGCCUCCAUCAUCCUGUUUGUGGGCCGCGCAUGGGACGCCAUCACAGACCCCACAGUGGGCUUCCUGGUCUCCAGAAGUCCGUGGACACGUUUUGGACGCAUGUUGCCCUGGAUUCUUCUGUCCACCCCUCUGGCUGUGCUUUCCUAUUUCCUCAUCUGGUACGUCCCUCCCUUUGACAACGGCAAAGUCAUCUGGUACCUGUUCUUCUACUGCGUCUUCCAGACUCUGCAAACUUGCUUCCAUGUGCCGUACUCGGCCCUCACCAUGUUCAUCAGCUCUGAGCAGAAAGAGAGAGAUUCAGCCACAGCAUACAGGAUGACAGUGGAGGUUCUGGGCACAGUUCUCGGUACAGCCAUCCAGGGGCAGAUCGUGGGCAUGGCUAACGCCCCCUGCCUCCCAGGGCCCGGUGACAUCUUGGUGGACCCGAGCAACUCCUCUCUGUCCGUGGGACUCAAUGACUCUGCGCCUGUCAUUUCCCUGGAUCACACGAAAGCAGCCUACAUGAUUGCAUCUGGCAUCAUCUGCAUCAUCUAUGUCCUCUGUGCCAUUGUUCUUUUCUUCGGUGUGAGAGAGCAGAAAGAGUCGAGCCGUCCCAGGUCAGAGCCCAUGGGUUUCUUCCAGGGGAUUAAGCUGGUGAUGGGACAUGGACCCUACGCCAAAUUGGUCAUGGUCUUCCUCUUCACCUCGCUAGGUUUCAUGCUCCUGGAGGGAAACUUUGCCCUGUUCUGCAGCUCCACACUGGGCUUCAGAAACGACUUUCAGAAUAUACUGCUCGUCAUCAUGCUCUCCGCUACUCUGGCCAUUCCCUUCUGGCAGUGGUUUCUGACUUGCUUUGGGAAAAAGACGGCGGUUUACGCUGGCAGCUUGUCUGUGGUUCCCUUCAUGAUCCUGGUGGUGAUCAUAAAGAGUAACCUGAUCGUCACCUACAUUUGCUCCUUUGCUGCCGGGGUCGGAGUGGCUGCAGCCUUCCUGCUGCCUUGGUCUAUGUUGCCUGAUGUUGUCGACGAUUUCCAAGUUCAGAACCCGGAGUCCACCGGUCACGAAGCUCUCUUCUAUUCCUUCUAUGUCUUCUUCACCAAGUUUGCCUCCGGUGUCUCUCUUGGCAUCUCCACCCUCAGUUUAGAUUUUGCAGGCUACAUCAGUAGAGGCUGCUCUCAACCACAGGAAGUGGAUAUAACCUUGAAGGUGCUGGUCUCUGCCGCCCCCAUCGCUCUCAUCCUAAUCGGCCUGGUCAUACUGUAUUCGUAUCCAAUCAAUGAGGAGAGGAGGCAAGGCAACCGCAAGCUGCUACAGGAGCAGAGGGACAAUGAGGACGAUUCAGAAACAGACUCAACAGAACUGUCCAACAUGGUGUAGCACCUUGAAGAGAGCCACGGACCAAUCGGGUGAUCGACUGGCAUUUUGCACUGGGCGGGACCAACUAACCUGGGCCUGUCGGAUCAUACUGUACAGACACUGCCUUGUCCAAUCACACUGCUGCUCUUCCAAGUCCACAAGACUUGAAUGACUCAAGUGUCAUCGCUUCAGCCAAGCUGAGGCCUUUCUGAAAGCAUCCUACUCUGUGCAUUUGUAAUGUGUUCCCAGCAUGAAAUUCACUCUCCUCUUUCAUCCAGUCAGAUCUCAGAAGCCUUACUUUUUUUUGUAAAAGUUGGCCUUGUUCUAAGUUAAAAUUGCACAAAACCAUGACAUGUGACGGGAGCAUGUUUUGUCAGUGCUGCCGUUAUUGGUGCUACAAGCUGGAACUGAACAGUCCUUGAACUUCUUACAUUUAGCAUUAAUGACAGCUCUAUGGUUCUGAACGCCGUUACAGACUUGAACAAACAGUGAUAACGCCUUAAUAUCAGCUCCUUUCUGGGGUUAAAAACUGACAGUCACUUGCUCUUGAGUCACUGACUUGGUGUUUAUGUUUAAAGUGUUAUAUUGUGUUUUGUAAUUUUACAGAUAAUCCUCAUAGUUUACUGACACCAGUUAGCUAGUUUGUCUCCAUCUCAUUCCCAGCCUACUGGCUUUUUUUUUUUUUAAAGAAGCAUCAUAUUGUGAUGUUGAAAUAGAAAGUAACAGCUCUUAAUAGUUCAACACCAUCAUACUGAAACCACUACAAUAGUUAAGCAGUUAGUUUGCAAUUACAUUACAAACAUGACCUUAUUUAUAGGACAGCUACUGAAGACGGGAAAAGCUUUUUUUUUCUAAAUGCUUUCAUUUCCUAAAAACUGAGCAAAGCGGUGAUGACAGCCGGUACAGAUUUAGUGAUAUUUAAGUAUUUAUUUGUUUUGAUUUUUUUACUGUCUUUGAAUUCAUGUUUGCUGGAAAGUCAUGCUCCUUGCAGUAUGUAAAUGUAUGUAAGGCCUGUGAGGUUCCAACUGAAUUAGAAGUUUCGGGGGGGAGGGCAUAUUUUAAAAACCUUCACAUGCCUUUUAAUGCAUGUUGCCAUAGCUACUACCUUUGCUAUAUGCAUAUGAAAAGGGAAGCACAUAAUUGUGAAACAGAAUAUUGUAAGAUGGGGGGGGGGGGGGGGGGGGUGAACUCCCGUGUUUGUAUUUUGAAUGUUAAUUUUUCUUUGUAUAUAUGUGUGUUUAUUGAAGGAACAACCAGGAUGCUUUGUAAACAUCUCAAUCCCUGUCCUGAAACGUGUGGAUUGACAUCUUUCAUAUCCAUUGAUAUGGAAACGUGUACAUACAUACAUACAGUGUCAUAUGUUAUACAUACUGUUAAAUCUUCAACAUGUUGUUUCUGACAACUGGGUUGCCGAUGUCAAAAUGUUAAUAUUUCAUUUACUUUAUUGUUUGUGCGUUUCUCUCCCUAGAGGUCCCUUAUAUAUCUCUAGUAGAGGAUUGUGUACAGCCCACACAGUGCUAUUCUCACCCACUAACCCUGUCAGAAUUCUACAUGCUGUAAAUCUCAUCCUCUUUUUUAUUUUGUUUGUCUUUUAUGGAUGUGUCAGUGAACCUCUUGAGGCUGUAGCCAAAUGUGUGAGCUUUAACCCCACAGGGACACACAGACGCCUUGUGAACAUGCCUCUUGUGCAUAUGUAUAUAUUGUAUGUAAACCUGUAAAUCUUUGAUAUUUGUGGCUGUGAAAUGAACCUAUGUACACUGUAUUGUAGCUAUUUAAGAGAAGAUGAUGAGAUUGCAAAAAGAUAUUGUUAAUAAAUACUAAUUAAGUGUACUGUGAA